ACAAAUGUUUGAAAUUGAUAUUCAACCAUGUCACAGAUUAAUAGACACACCAGAAUUAGUGACCAUUGAUUCUUGUAAAUAUGGCCAACAAAGAUGUCAUAUAUUGGAACCUGGUAAUAAUUAUACAUUCACCAUACAAUUUCAGAAUCAAAUUCCGGCAAUAAAAUUAUUCAUACGAUUGUAUGCAUUGAUUAAUCGAAAACGUUAUCGGUUACCAUUAUUUCAAGAAAAAAAUUUUUGUUCUAAAAUGACAUCAAUUAUUAGUGGAGAAAAACCAAAAAAUUGUCCAUUAGUAGCAUAUGAUAUAUAUCGAUUUGUAAUACCACUUUGUGUACCAGAAUCAGCACCCAAUUUUCGUGGUCAAUUAAAACUGCUUAUGGUGAAUGAGAAUAAACAGAAAUUAUUCUGCACAAAUAUGCCAUUAUGGAUACAGCCACCACGAUAUUGAAUGAA